UGUUAUAAACCCGCCCAGGAGUCGACGCUCCGGCCCAUUCACUCCCCUCGUCUCGUUUCCUUGCCGCCCGCUGCGACAGACGUGAAACCCUAGGGCUUUCCCAAUGGCGCUUUCGGGGCGUCUCCGAUCUAGCCUCUCUAUCUUCCACCAGAUCCUCAGGGCCGAAUCCUCCCUCCCCCUUCGAUACGCCACCCAUCGAGGCUUCGGAAUCCCUAACAUCGCGACCUCCGAGUGUUUGAGGAAUUUUGGGACUCAGGCAAAGUCAAGCGAAGCAAAUGUUAAGGAGACUAAGCUGCAAAUCCUUAGGGAGUUGGCACCAUUUCAAAAUGGGUUUUUUAGGUCUGGCAUUAUUGGAAAUAAUUCUUUCUGCAGAAGCAUUACAACAGUAGGUCAUACUGAGGCAUCUUUGGGACAAGACACUUCUGCCUCCCCUGACAUAGAUCAGCCUCAACGCAUUAAAUUUAAAAGGCUUGACAAAACAGCGAAGCAUAUCAUGAAUAUUUUAGAUAAAGAAGCCGUGGAAAGUGUGCAGGCCAAAAGGGAGAUUCCUGAUUUAAGGCCUGGAUAUAUUGUUCAGCUAAAAGUGGAAGUUCCCGAGAACAAACGACGAGUUUCAGUUUUGAAGGGCAUUGUCAUAGCAAGGCGGAAUGCUGGUCUAAAUACAACUUUUAGAUUGCGCAGACUUGUGGCUGGUGUUGGAGUUGAAUCUGUUUUCCCCUUAUAUUCUCCAAACAUCAAGGAAAUGAAGGUCUUGGACAAGAAGAAGGUUAGGAGGGCAAAACUUUACUACCUCAGAGACAGGAUGAAUCCACUUAAGAAAUGAAAGAGAGUUUUGAGUCAUUUCUUUCCAUCACUUAUUCGUUGACCAGAUUGCAUGGUUGAAAAUUUCUUGUUCAUGUCGAUUUAGUGUAAUCAUGUGACUUGUGAGGAUGUACCCCACAAUUUCAUCCAACAGCAUCUAUAAAUUGGAUGUGCUCACUGUGAACUUUGAUCAAGAAACUUGAGGCUUCAUUCGUAAUCAGAGAUGGUCUUGAAAA